GAUUCAUGUGUUGGUGGUAAAAAAAUAUAUUUGUGAAUUGCGACCGGUUUGUUAUCAAAAAAAAUUAAUAAAUUAUCGCUUGUAAUUAGACAAAAUAUAUUUCGAUCACCUUGUUUUUAAUUGGUAUUUUUAAAAACCAUUUAAAAAGUCAUCAAUUAAGUGGGAAUUUAAAGUUAUCUCUUGUCAAAGCUUUGAAUAUUGAAAGAUAAAAACAAUUAGCAAGAUGGCAGUAAAAGGAUUAGUAUCAAGUAUGAUAAAAUUUUUGACCCAACAACUUGAAGAGGGUGGAAUAACAGAUGAUUCACGUGAAAGUCUUGAAGUUGUUAUUCAAUGUUUAGAGAGUGUUUAUUCAGUACGUGCUGCAGAUGCACCAGUUAAUAUUGAUUUAUUAAAAAUAUACGAAAAUGCAAUUGAUGUUGCUGGACCAUUAUCAGCUCGUGAAGCAACACCUGAGGAAAAAGCACAAGCUGAAUUACUCAAAAAUAAAGGAAAUGAUUUGAUGCAAGACGGAAAAACUCUUGAAGCAAUUACUCAGUACUCCAAUGCUAUAGAAUUGGAUAGACGUAAUGCUGUAUACUAUUGUAAUCGUGCUGCAGCAUACAAUAGACUUGGUAAUUAUCGUCGUGCAAUAAAAGAUUGUGAAACAACAUUAGAAAUUGAUCCAACAUAUGGCAAAGCAUAUGGACGUAUGGGUCUUGCAUUUUCAAGCAUGGAAAAACAUAAUGAAGCCAAGGAUUGUUAUAAAAAAGCACUUGAACUUGAGCCAGAUAAUGAGAGCCAUAAAAAUAAUUUAGAAUUAGCUGAAGAAAAAUUAGCACAACAAGGAGUUGGUAAUAUGGGUAUUGGUGGUGCUGGUGGUGUUGGUGGUUCUGGUAUAAGUAUACCUGGUUUACCAAAUGUUGAUCCAGCUUCAUUUUUGAGUAAUCCAACACUCAUUGCUGAAACAAUGGCUAAUCCAGAAAUACAAAAUUUAUUGAGAGAUUUAAUGAGUGGAAAUACUGAACGUGGUGGUGUUAUGGAUGCCAUUAUGGAAGCAGGUCAACAAUUUGCAUCACAAGUACAAUCAGCAAGUCCAGAACUUUUUGAUAAUUUACGAAGACAAAUGGGAGGUGGAAAUGGACCAAACAAUCCUGAUCCAUCUCAACAAAAUUAAUAAUCAAUUAACAAGACCGAUUCAUUAAUUUUUUAAAAAUAAUAUUACAAAGAAAAAAAUUAAAAAUCAUUCAUUUGUUUUUAAAAUAAAUAAAUCAUGUUUUAUCAUUUUUCUUUCUUGUAAUUUGUAAAAUAAUCUUUUUUUUUUAUACACAACAGUAGAAUGGUUUUUUUUUUUUAGUUAAAAUUGACGAUGUAAUAAUAUUGAAAGUGACAAACAUAUGUAACUAAGGAUAAACAAUACAAAAUGUCUAAAUUUCUUCAAAAAAAAAAUCGAAAUUUUUAUUUAUUGUUGGAAAAAAAAAAAUUUAUUAAUAAUUCAAAGC